AUGAAUAGCCCUUUCUGGGAGAUGGACUUGGAAUUUGAUGAUAAUGAUGAUUUUUGGGAGGGUGUGCCAAUAUAUAUGUAUGACCCUAAUUAUUGGGAGAUAUACAGCCUCAGAAGUAACUCUUGGAGGAAACUCAACGGUGAUGUAAUGCCUUCUUCUUGGGAGGAGCGUUGUCAAGUGAACUUGAAUGAAUUUUGUCAUUGGUUGGGCCUAGAUAAUGAUAUGGGGUCGUUUGACUUUAUCAAUGAGAUAUUUUUUGUAACAAACUUACCUUCGUUUGACUUUAGCAAAGACACAUCCUUAACCCUCUAUGAUUUCAAUCGGAGGAAGUUGGAGACAAAAUUGGUGGUAUUAAAUGGGUAUGUUGCUUUCAUUUGUACUGUCCUCAAGACUGCUUAUUUUCACAUAUCGAUUUUGGGUGAAAUUGGUGUUGAGGAAUCGUGGACUAAACUCUUUGUUGUUGGACCUUUACCUGACAUUAUCCGCCCUAUCGCGGUAGGAAUUAAGAGUAUUCUUUUCUACAUAAAAGAAGAUACAAAGUUAGCAUGUUUUGAUUUAAGUACCCAAAGGAUUGAGGAAGUUUGUGUUAAUGGAGAGCCACGAAGGUUGCAAAUUAUAAGUUACAAGGAAAACCUUCUUUCUUUUGGAGGAAUGAAUGUUUAA